AAGAGAUGCCAGUUUGGACUAUCUUCGUCUCAGUUAAAGUCUCCAACACCAAUCUAGGGUCCCCUCUCUCUCUCUCUCCAUUGUAGCCAUGGGAUCUACUAUUUCCACUUUCUCUCUCUUAAAGCCAUUAUGCUGAGGUAGUUGUUAAAGGUACGAGUUCCUCAUAUGAGAUUUGGGCCUAGAGGAAGAAAGGGAGAGUAAGGAUGUCGAGUGGAAGAAGCACCCAUUGGUGUUACCACUGCAGGCAACCAGUUAGACUUCGAGGGCGUAAUGGAGCUUGCACCUAUUGUCGUGGAGGAUUUGUUCAAGAUCUUGAGGAUAUGUUGACCAUGAACCGUUCCCUAGAUUUUUUUGGGCUGGACAAUGUUGAAGACUACGAGCAGAGGACUGGAUCUAUGGAUGCUUUCUCAACUUUUGUGAGUCAACUAAUGGCAGGAAGAAACAAUAAUUUUGAUAUCAGAGGAAGAUCAGAUUCAAGAACUAACAAUGGUGAGCAUGGUCCUAGAUUGAUUUUCAGUGGCCAAAUGCCUUAUCGGACGGCUGAUAGUGGUGAGUUUGUGGAAUUCUUUAACCAGGCUCUUGGAUUUAGGCGAGGAAAUGGUGGUGAUUAUUUUGUGGGUCCUGGACUGGAAGAAUUUAUAGAAGAGCUAACUCGUAAUGAUCGACAGGGUCCUCUCCCAGCACCCAAAUCAUCAAUUGAUGCGAUGCCAACGGUUAAAAUAUUGCAGAAGCAUAUUCGUUCUGAUUCUCACUGCCCUGUUUGUAAAGAAAAAUUUGAGUUGGGGUCUCAAGCAAGGAAAAUGCCAUGUAAUCACUUGUACCACUCAGAUUGUAUUGUCCCAUGGCUAGUUCAACACAAUUCUUGCCCUGUUUGUCGCCAGGAAUUGCCACCACAACAAUCUGCUGAUGGGCGUGGCAGUCGAAGCUCAAGGGGCCAAAGUAGAAGCAACAGGUUUAGUAGGAAUGCCAGUGGAAGGGAGAACAGGAGUGAGAAUCAGGGAAGGCGAAAUCCAUGGUCUAUUUUAUGGCCUUUCCGCUCCUCCAGUUCCAACUCGCGCCGUCAUGAAACAGCUGGAAGCAGCUCGGCUACAACACAUGAAGAUAGUAGCAGUAGGGAUUAUUCUGCCUGGCCUUUCGAAUAGUCAGGUUGGUCUGUUUCAGCAUGGCUUGUUUUAUGUUCUCUUUCUUUGUGACCACAGCUCGGGAACUCCAUUCAAUGAAGCAAAUUCUGGUGCAGUAAGUAUUUUGAGAUCCUGUAGUCUUCCGGACUGGAACCUGUUUCUCCAAAGUUGUAAGAUAGUCUUCGUGGGUUAACCUGUUUAUUGUUCCUUCAAUGUAAAUCAGCUGUUUUUUAAAUUUUCGUGGUCUGUAUUUUAGCAUUUUGCCUGCCACUGUGCUUCUCAAGGUUUCAAUGCUCAUGCUCUUGGUCUGGUUUUGCUCUGUGUCCCUCCAGAAAUUUCGCUUAAUUGAUUUGGAAAUCUGAUCUGGAAACAUGAACAUAAGGAAGACUAAUUUAUUUUAAAUGCAUUGGGAAAUUGUAAUUUGCUGUUUUUCA